CGAGGACAAGCACGCGGACACGCGACUUGCGACUUGCGUUAAUAUACAGCGCAAUUGCAGCGGCUGCAGGAGACGAUGGUGGAGCGGCCAGAGGACUGGACGACGGACAGCACAGCAGCGCUUUCUUUGCAUCUUUUUGAUGGCCCAGGCCACGACCAGGAAACAAUCUUGCAGCCAAAGUGGACGUAUGCGCUCUUUGGCGAGACGGAGCAGAUCUUUGGGUACAAGAAGCUUCGAAUACGCCUUUACAUCCAUGCUCUUACGCUGCAGACAUGGCUUGAUGUGAGAUAUGAAGAGCAAUUGGCGGUGUCUCUGGGGGUGCAUAUGGAGCCAGUUGAGGAGAUUCUAUUGAAUCAUCUGCCGCAUCAAACAAAGGUGUGCAUCAACGGGAAGGUUGUUUCAUCAGAUGCUUCUCAGCUCAAGACUGUGGACGUCGCCGCAUGGAAGAAGGCGGUGGUUUCAGAGUCACGGAGUGGCACGCAAUACAAGAAGCCAAUACACUUCUACACUCGCGCCGGCAAGACUUUUGCUAUCCUCAAAUUGGCUCUGCCAGACUCACAAGAUUGUGUUUCCUGGAUGCAAAUCUUCUCUCUCCUGUACAUUGAAGGCGCAAGUCUCAUUGACGAAGAAGAUGAGCGAUUCGACGUAUUUGUGGUAUACGAGACUCAGGACGGCCAGCCGAUACGAUUUGUUGGCUACUGUACAUGCUACAAGUACUACUUCUACGACAAAGCGACACAUGCCUUUGAUGUUGUUCGCUAUCGCAUCUCGCAGUUUCUAACGCUGCCACACUUUCAAAAGCAAGGGCAUGGUGGCCAGCUGUAUGAUACCAUCUUUGCUGAUUGUCAACGAGAUUCGAAAGUCCUUGAAGUCACGGUCGAGGACCCAUCAGAGGCAUUCGACGACCUACGCGACCGACGCGACUUUUCCAGACUGCUGCGUGAAAGGACACUGGAGACUCUUGCUGGACAAGGGUUGAUUCCGUCUCCUGCGGCCAUUAGUGAUGCCUCACGCAAGGCCAAAAUGGCACCUGCUCAAUUUCGUCGCAUGCUAGAGCUCUACCUCUUGAGACAAGCGAAUGCGCCGAAUAAGGGCAAGCAACCUGCUUCCAGUUCAUUUGGCAGACAACUGCGUCUGUUCAUCAAGCGGCGCAUAUACAAGAAGAAUGCAGCGGUGCUGAAGCUACUUGAUCCAUCAGAGCGGAAGAGGAAGUUGGCAGAAACGUAUACGGCGCAAGUUGAAGACUAUCGUCGGAUCUUGAAAACUUUGAAGGUGGAGUCGCGAGAAGCGGGCAAUGGAAUAUCCGACGCGUUGAACGGGUCAGCAGAGCCAGCGAGCAAGCGUGUUCGCGUUGAAUAGAGUCGUUCAUAUUUAGCAUUACAUGGCAUUCGAAUCUAGCCUAGCACCUAC